AUGGGGCCGGAUCCGGGCUGGACUGCGCUGGUGCUGCUCUUCGCUGCCUCGCUGCUCACCGUCGCGGCCUGGCUGCUCCAGUACUGGCGGUCGGCGGCCCUGUGGGCGCCGCCGCCGCGGCGGGCGCCAGCGGCGGAGGAGGCCGGGGCCCGGGCGCUGCUCGCUGCGCUGCUCGCCCUCCGGUCCCUGCGGGAGCAGUGGCAGCGGGCCUGGGUGCGAGCCCUCAACAGCCAGGCGCGCCGGCACGGGAGUUCAGUGCAAAUCACAUUUGAAGAGGGUCCUCAGUUACCACCAGCAGCAAAUAUAAGCUGUGUGACGUGCAAAGGCCAGUCGGACUGCAGCAUGGUGCUUUACUGCCAUCUGUCUGCAGAAGCCGUGAAAUUCCCUGUCUCUGUAACGCAGCAGUCCCCAGCUGCUGUUUCUGUGGAUACGUAUCAUGUCACUUUGUCUCUGCUGCAGGCCCAGGUGGAGAUCCACUUGGAGGAGAUACAGAAUGAGGGUCUCCUGGUGUCAUGGACAUUCAAGGACAGACCAGACUUGAAUCUGUCAGUUCUUCCAAGAUUUCAACCUCGUGAGAAUGAUGGGAGUGUGGGUCUGUCUACCAUAAAGGAUCUGAUUGAGGAUACCAUUGUCAGCACACAGCCAGCCUUGAUGGUACAUCUGAAAGCCUGCACCGCAGGAACUGGUGCGGUAUCCAGCAGUAAAUUGACUCGGGAUUCCCCAUCCGGUGUAGUAGCAGGCCCUUUAGGUUCAAAGCUUUUACUACGGAAUCUUCACGUGCUGAACUUGGGCUCCCAGGAAAAGGGAGGAGUUGAGGAGAUAUGCUGUGUCGUAGAGCUAGACAGUCCCCCGCAGCAGAAAUGGAUGAGGCCAGUGACAGCUGGCAGUGCCGGCACUGCUGCAGAGAUGGAGUGGAAUGAGGAGCUCGUUCUUGAGUUGGGACCUAGAAGUAAGGAGCUGAAGCUACAGGUGCUGGGGAACAGUGGCAGAGGUGAAGAUGUGCUGCUGGCACAUACUACUCUUUUGCUUGAUCCUUUGAGCAAACGGCCAUCCGGGAGACAGAUCUGCUCUCUGGCCCCUGGAGCUGGGCAGUCACUGGCUGCUGAAGCUAGCAUCGUAGUGGAGCUGCUAUACCAGGAUUCUUCUACAUCUCUAAAUGCUCAGCACGCCACAUCUCUGCGUACCAGCAUCACCCCCACCAAGAAGGUGGAGAUGGACCGGACCAUCAUGCCUGAUGGCACGAUCGUGACUACUGUCACCACAAUUCAGUCCCGGCCCAAGGCCGACUGCAAGCUGGAUUCACCCUCAAGAUCACCAUCCAAGGUGGAAGUGACUGAAAAAAAGACAACGGUUCUUUUGGAGAGCAGCUGUCCUCGCAGCCUUUUGCCCAGCAGUAGCAGGGACAGCCAGAUGCCUAAUGGCUUGGAUCCGGUGGCUGAGACGGCAAUCAGGCAGCUAACUGAGACAAAUAACAAGCCCGCAAAGAAGACCCCAACAAAACGUAGCACGCUGAUCAUCUCGGGAGUUUCAAAGGUACCUAUUGCUCAAGAUGAAAUGGCACUUUCUCUGGGUUAUGCUGCAUCCAUGGAGGCCACAGUGUAUGGGGCUUCUGGGGCGGUGAGUGCAGCUGACCAGAUGCAUGAUUCCACUGAAUCGUCACAGCUGCUGGAAGCGUCGCCAUCAGGACAAGGGGCCAGUCAGGAGCUGGAUGAGACAACGCGAUCAGACAUCUCUGAGAGACCAUCCAUGGAAGAUGUUGAAUCUGAAACUGGCUCCACAGGAGCCCUUGAGACCAGGAGCUUGAAAGAUCACAAAGUUAGCUUUCUUCGGAGUGGUACCAAGCUCAUCUUCAGGAGAAAGACCAAGCAGAAGGAAGCCGGCCUGAGCCAGUCACAUGAUGACUUGUCCAAUGUCACCACUAGUUCUGCCAGCAAGAAGAAAGCCGGCAGCUUCUCCCACCGCCUCAUCAAACGCUUCUCCUUCAAGUCUAAAUCCAAACCUAAAGCUAACGACAGCACAACAGUCCUGGCUAUGUGAGCAUGUGUGAAUCUCCUGACUUACUGAAGCCAAGAAUGGUAACAAAUCCACCUUGAGGGGAGAUGUGAUUAUCGGCCUGAGAAACGAUUCUUGUAUCCUAAUAUCCUAACUUUCUCAAAAGGAAGGGGAAGGUCAUGGAAGUCUCUGGUCUCCAGAAACUGUAGAGAAGGUCCCAUGGAGUUUUCACUCAUAAAACUGAUGUAUAAAAAAUCUGUUUGUAUUCAGUCACUGCUUGUGCUUUCUGCUUUAAAACAAAAGAAAUGGUGUUUGCAAUCAGCUUUUCCCUGUUUAACUUCUUGUGGGUACUCAUGCCCUCGCCUUGGUGCCAUUGCAGGGUCUGUGGUAUUUCAUAAGGACUGGGACCCCAGAGUAACAACAGUGUGCAGCAGGGGCUGCCAUCUAACUUUUUGGACUCAAAAGAUCUGCCAUUGGUGUCUUAAGGGCAGGCUCAAUAUUUGCACCUCAUGAAAUUGAUCCUUGACCAAAUAUGUGGGGGAAGAGGAGUGUCAGAGCGGUGGACUUAAACAAAGAGAUGCUUCUGAAAGAGUUCAGCCUACUUAUGUGAGCCUAUAUUCCAAAUGCAACGUUUCAUUGCUGGCUACGCAAGUAGAAAGAGUGACUUAAAUAAAGCCAAAGUAUACUUUUUUUUCUUCUCCCUGGUGUUUUAGCUGAACAGAGUUAGGAUUUACAUAUACCAUGUAUUUUCACUUCUUUGAAAAAAAACAGAUUGCUCUAGCUGUAUGCUUGUAACUAUAGUUGUCUGGACACACCCUUUCUCCCUGUUUUGGUAAGGCUUUUAAGAACCUUCCUGUUGAAAAGCCCUUAGCAUCUGCCUGCAAAGGGUAUUCUGUGAUUCUGUAGCCUAUUAAAGAGAGAGAAAAAACAUUCAUGUGAAUGAAGGGGACUGCAAAACCUCGUUUCGGGGGGGGGGGGGGGGGGGGGGGUACUGUAGGCUUUAAUGUGGUGGAACUUGACUGAGGCCUGGUAGGACAGGGACUCUUUGUCAGGUGAUAGGGUUGGAAUUAGAUGAUCUUGAAGGUCCCUUCCAGUCUAAAACAUUCUAUGGUUCCAUGAUUUGGAGAGGAGGUUCAAAGCAUGUACAAUCCAAAGGAAGAGGGAUUGUAUACAUGCAUAUGUGUUUGCAUGUACUUGUGAACGGUGUGUUUUCUGUGAAUACCGAUCACACUGCAAAGUGAAUGGACAGGGUCAGUUAGUGGGCCGGGCGAAUGGCCUUAGGAGCCUCUGUGGUAUCCACGAAAUAUUUCUAACCCUGAUAUACCUCCCCAGAGGUCAACUUGAGAAAGACAAUCUAGAUACUGCACCUGCGAAUGCCCUCAAAAUGCUUUUGUAGUUGAGGAUGGGUUUUUAGGCAGAUUUGGCUGAAGUGGGCGAGAGAGGGUGGAGACUCUUUCCAGCUGGUUGGAAAGCAGUUCAGGGGAGGGGAGUGUCAUGAAAACUUCACACCGAUGUGAGUGUAAGAGGCACGUCCUGUUUCUACACUAGAUCUGUGUGUAUGUCAGUGUGUAUGCUAAAAAGUGUUCUUCGUUUUAUUUUUCGAUUUGUUUUUAGAGAUGCUGCUUCAUGUGACAGCUACUCUCGUUUCCUGUUUGCUAAUCCUGUAGAGAGGUUGUUACUGGGUAGCUGGUGAGAUGCUUGACCGUUGGGUGGAUGGUAUUUGCGUGUUCUGGAGUCUUUUGCCUUGUUCUCCCUUCCCUGCCCCUAGUUCAUGGUGAGUGUAAUGAUAGAGUAACAGUUCUGUUGGUGGUCAAACUUCUGGAAAAGGUCUUUGUCUACGUGUAAGAAUCACAGCUCUUUCUACAAGCGUAACUGCUCCGUACCACCUGUCCUUGCUUGUAGAGGCACUGGACCAAAUACCCAUGCUGAAUCUGAAUUAGCACCCCUCCUUUUGUGUGCUUUUGUAUUAUUUUUUUUGUACUUUAAUACCUUCUUUCUGGGUGGCUUAUUUUAACCCCAGAUUGUUUAAAGGAAAACAAAAAUAGGAACUGUGUAGUUACUUAAGAGAUGAAAAUAAAAUGACUUAAUUCAGAGUAAAUGAAUGAAGUUCUUGCCACUUUGUAAAUGUUGAAGAAUUCCAUUGCUGUGUAAUGGCUGAACCUGUUAACUUAUUAAAACACAUGGAAAUGAAAA